UAUUGCUAGCUAUAGAUAUCUCAUCCUUCCCUAGCAAACUAGCAAUCAGCAACUUCCUCAGUUGUGAAUUGUGACAUAUAGGCAAAAAAUCUUCCUUCGAAAUUAAAGUUACCAAAUAGCAGAGACAUGGACAAAAUGCUGUGCAUGUUUUUCUUUGGUGCUUUAGCCAUCUCAAGUUUGGUGCAAGACGCAACAGCCCAAACAGUUCAUAUGGUUGGGGACAACAUCGGUUGGGCCGUUCCAAACACUGGUGCGGCAGCUUAUAAAAAUUGGGCUGAUGGAAAAACAUUCAGGAUUGGCGACACUCUAGUUUUCAAUUUUAUGACCAACCGACAUGACGUGGUGCAAGUACAAAAAACUUCGUUCGAUGGUUGCAAUUCGCAGAAUAGCAUAGGCAGUCCCAUAACGACAGGACCAGCAAAUGUUACUCUUGACUCUGCUGGAGAUCACUACUAUAUUUGCACAUUUGGCACACAUUGCCAAAAUGGCCAGAAGUUAGCUAUUACAGUUUCUGGCAGCGCUGGCACUCCAGGAGCCAACCCACCUAACCCGUCUGCUGCUGGACCAUCAGGUUCCGUUCCUGGUGCUACUGAUCCUCCUCCUCCUCCUUCAUCCUCAACGACCGUGUUGGCUAGUGUUAUACUCAGUUUAUCCGCAAUUGCCUUGGCCACUUUUCUUUAAAUUGGAACAACUAAGGAUGUUUUGAGCUUCCUAGUUUAUUGUGAUGUACUGUAACAAUUUUAUUUUUUCGUUUACCAGCUUGUAUUGGAUUCAGUUUUGUUUUAAUCGUUGAUUGUACUUGUGAUAUUUUGCGAGUUUAAGGUAAAUAAAGGUAGUCUUUUUGCCAUCA